CCAGUUUUCUGGCCCCGCUCCUUGCCCCAGCUCUUACAUCUGCCGUCCCAUAGUUUAUUCUAGAUCCUCAGUGAAGUCAGAGCAAUGAACGAGUUAUUUUGUGUCUCCCUUGAAAACGGUAAAUCAUCCCUCCUGAAGUUUUAAACAGCCCGCUGAAGACUGAACCUGCGUUUCUGCCGUUCUUUAAGAAGCUGCAGGUUUUUCUGGGCCUUUCAGUCGAAUACCACGAGAGCCCUUGCGGACGGCAGCCUGCUGCGUCUUGUGGCACGACUUGCAGUAGCGUGAAGUCAUGGCUAUCCUGUUCGCUGUCGUGGCGAGGGGCACAACCAUCCUUGCCAAACAUGCCUGGUGCGGAGGAAACUUCCUGGAGGUGACAGAGCAGAUCCUAGCGAAGAUACCAUCUGAAAACAACAAACUGACCUAUUCACAUGGGAAUUACCUAUUUCAUUACAUCUGCCAAGACAGGAUUAUAUACCUCUGCAUCACAGAUGAUGACUUUGAACGAUCCAGAGCCUUCAACUUCCUGAACGAGAUCAAGAAGAGGUUUCAGACCACAUAUGGCUCAAGAGCACAGACAGCCCUUCCCUACGCAAUGAACAGCGAGUUCUCGAGUGUCUUAGCGGCGCAGCUGAAAUACCACUCGGAGAGCAAGGGCACUGACCAGGUGGCAGAGACGCAAGCUCAAAUCGAUGAACUUAAAGGAAUCAUGGUUCGAAACAUAGACCUUGUGGCCCAAAGAGGAGAGAAGCUGGAGUUGCUGAUCGAUAAAACAGAGAAUCUUGUGGAUUCGUCAGUCACUUUCAAAACUACCAGCAGGAACCUUGCUAGAGCCAUGUGUAUGAAGAACCUCAAGCUUACCAUCGUCAUCAUCAUUGUAUCAAUUGUUAUCAUCUAUAUCAUUCUCUCGGCUGCCUGCGGUGGGCUCGCGUGGCCAAGCUGUGUGCAGAAGUAACAGGAGGCAGCUGGUGCUGGUCACUUGGAGAUGAGAAUCACAGGAGUGUGAAGAAGCAACCUACAGAAUAACUCUUAAUCUUUCACUACUGACACCUUCUCAUUCUUCCAUCCCUCCAGGACUUCAGACUUUUUGCCUUAUCACCCCAAACAGGCCCAGCUGGUCACUGCUCUGUGCAGCUGUAACCUCGAACGGGCUGUUUUAAAUUACUUGAAGGGA